AUGGGCAAACUGGCUUUUCCGCUCGAUAAAGAGCUCACGGGGCCGGAUAGGGUUGUUCUGAAUAUACUGCAGAAGGAGUACGAGUUAUAUGAGGCUAAGUCUGCGGAAUCAUCAACAGAUGCAGCGGAAGACUCUGAUGACUCGGGUGUCAAGCAUUCUGAGAUUGUGACGCCGUCACCAGAGGACCUACAAGACCAGGAGCAACAGGCGAUUGCUUACCUCAAGAAGCUUAAUGACCCCAAGUCUGACAGCUUCGAGACCAGUGUUUUCAGCUCUGUGGAUGAACCCGACAUCAAGAACCCUCUUCUUCGCCAAUGGAUCAUCGACCCCUACAUCCAAUGGGCGAAGAAGGUUGUCCGAGUCGAGACCGACGUUAUCAUGGUCACGCAUCUGCUGCUUUACUUCUGCACCAGCAUUCCGUCAGCCGCAUACUUGUACAUCAACUUCCAUUGGUGGCACGCUGUCCUCCAUUGCGUCAUGCAGGGCUACUACAUGGGAGCAUACACUCUGCUGAAACACCAGCAUAUCCACAUGCGUGGUGUUCUCAGCAAGAAGUAUGACUUUGUCGAUCGGCUGUUCCCAUACAUUCUCGACCCAAUGAUGGGUCACACAUGGAACUCGUACUACUACCACCACGUCAAGCAUCACCACGUUGAAGGCAACGGACCUAACGACCUUUCUUCUACAAUUCGCUACCAGAGGGACAGCGUUUGGGACUUUGCGCAAUACGUUGGUCGAUUCUACUUUCUGAUCUGGCUCGAUCUGCCAAUGUACUUCUUGCGUACACGCAAGCCUAAUCUCGCGCUUCAAGCUGCGGGAUGCGAGAUCGGUAACUACGUCUUCUUGUACUUGAUGUACAGUUUUGUCAACGCUCGCGCGACGACGUUCGUAUUCUUGAUCCCUCUCGCUUUCAUGCGCUUGGCUUUGAUGACUGGCAACUGGGGACAGCAUGCUUUCGUUGACGAGGUCGAGCCGGACUCCGACUUCAGGUCGAGCAUCACGCUCAUCGAUGUACCUAGCAACCGAUACUGUUAUAAUGAUGGCUACCACACCUCCCAUCACCUCAACCCGCUUCGCCACUGGCGCGAGCACCCCGUUGCCUUCCUUUCGCAGAAGAAGCAGUACUCCGAUGAACAAGCAAUCGUUUUCUACAACAUCGACUACUUCUUCCUUACAGUAAAUCUGCUGAGAAAGAACUACGAGCACAUUGCCAAGUGUCUUGUACCCAUGGGCGACCAGAUGAAGCUUACGCUUGACGAGAAGGUCGAGAUGUUGAAGCGCAAGACGCGGAAGUUUACUGAGGAAGAGAUUGCGGAGAAAUGGGGCAAGCAGUAUGCUAAGUUGAAGUAG